AUGCCCGUCACCCCCCCAGUCGCGGCUGUUCGCGUGUGCAGCGGCGGUCGCUGUGGGGGGGAGAGGGAAAAGGGGAAGGGAGUGGCAGCGGAACGCUGUGGGGGGGGGAGGGAAAGGGGGAAGGGAGUGGCGGCGGAAUGCUGUGGGGGAGAGAGGAAAAGGGGGAAGGGAGUGGCGGCGGAAAACCAGCGAUCGCCGCCAGAGCACCGCCGCCCCCUGGAACCGCACCCCCUCCCUCCCUUCCUUCCUCCACACCCCUGCCCCACUCACAGUUGUCUCUGCCCUGUCCUUCACAUGGCAGCCAGCCCUCCCACCCCCCCGUCCCUGCCACCUACCCCCCACAGUAGCUGCCGCGGGAGGGGAGAGGCAGGGCAGAGGGUGGUGCUCUGCUGGCGGGGUGCUCUGCUGGCGGGGUUCUCUGCUGGCGGGGUUCUCUGCUGGCGGGGUUCUCUGCUGGCGGGGUUCUCUGCUGGCGGGGUUCUCUGCUAG